GCCGGCUGCUUCUUGUUGAUUUACUUAUUUGAGGUCCAUGAAGAAUUGAGGAUAUGGCGUCUUCUCUCACGACCACGGCGGCGGCAGCAGACACAGGGUCAUCGUCUCCCUCACCCUCAGCAUCAGCAUCAGCAUCAGCGUCAGCAGCAGCAACAGCAGCAGCAACAGCAGCAGCAUCGACCUCAGACCGGGCCACGACCAGCGCCGCCCCAACCUCAGCAAUCCCCACGCGCGCCCUCACCACCACCUUCACGCCCGCCGCCAACUGCAGCAGCGGCUUCCUGACGCAGCUGGCCGCGCAGGAAUACCGCAUCUGGGGCGUCGAGCCCGUGCCCGUGCCCAACAGCACCUUUAGCGAGUGCUUCCCAAGCGAAUUCCUGCGCGGCUACACCUCGACGGCUAGUUCGUCUGUCGCGCCGUUUUUGAGCCCGCUCGUGUGUCCGCUGGGCUGGCAUACGGCGGGGACUUGGGAGGGCGGCUAUGUCGCUUGUUGUGAGAGCGGCUACCUGCUCGCCUACCCCUCCAGCACCGUCGACACGCGCCGCCCCGCCUACGGUGGGACCUGCUACAGCCAAUUCACGGUGGGCAAGACGGUCAACGUGACCGUCUACGACAGCGCAAGCCUGACCGCCACGGCGCAGUGGUACGCGACCAGCACCUUGGACCAAGCGUACGGGCACGUCCUCGACGGCAUAGGCGUCAAGGCCGUCUCCUCAAGCGACGACUCCUCCCUCUCCGGCGGCGCAAUCGCCGGCAUCGUCAUCGGCGCCCUCGCAGGCGCUGCGCUCAUCCUAGGCCUCCUGCUCCUGCUCCUCGCGCGCCGCCGUCGCCGCAUUAAGCGCGCUGCUGCUGCGGAAACUGCGGCUGGGGAACGGACGCUCCCGCCCGAGGCUGACGGCGUGGACGCAGCGAUUUUGGAGAAGAGCACGGAUGGCGCCGUGGCGGAGGUGGAUGGGACGGGGAGGGCGAUUGCGGAGAAGGAUGCUGGGAGGGAUGGGGCAGCGGAGCUGGAGGGCGGCGUCCAUGAUGGCGCGCAUGAGUUGGAGAGUCCGUUGUUUGAGCUGGAUGGGGAGGCGGGGAGGCUGGAGGCGGGGGAUGGGAAGGUGGAAGAGAGCGUGGGUGUGCAGGGGAGGGAAGGGCUGGUGCAUGAGAGCCCGGGGAAGAAGAUCCCCCCGCCAGCGUAUGAGUGAGUGGAAAGUGAGUGCACACACACUCUCUCACUCUACUCUCUCCCACCCUAACAAUCUCUCUCCCAUUCUCAACCCCUCUCUUUCCACAAGUAUGUAAUUCAGUGUAAAGCGUUAUAGCGAAGGAACGGCACGGCACGGCACGAAACAGGAUAUGAUGGCACAGGAAUGGGUAGUACAGGACAGAACAGGACACAGCACAGCACAGCAACGAGUCGGAUAUCCAAUAAUUGCUUUCUAUCUUCAUCAUCAUCAUCUUCUUCUUCUUCUUUACCGCGGAAGAAAAAACAAAUGUUCUUCACGCUUGUGCUGCCUGCC